UUCACACACUCAAAACUUUCAUACAUUGAAAAACAUAAAGACACAUAGCAGGAAGUUACUAUAGGAACAUUUAGAACAAAAACAACCUUGUUGGGACAAACAUAAAGGACAUUAAGAGGAAAUUAGUGAAUCAUCUGUUGGUUAUUUUCUAAGUACAAAUCUCUAUCUGACAGAGCAGACAUGCAGUGGAAACUGUGGCUCAUUUUGUUAGGUCAAUGCUGUGUGAUGGACUGUCAGCUCUAUGAGUUUCACUACAUUAAUGAGAAUAAAACCUGGACUGAAGCUCAGCAGUACUGCAGAGAGAAACAUACUGACCUGGUCACAGUGACUAACAUGAAGGACAUGAAGAGACUCAUCAACAUCUCAGAUGGAGAUAUAAAGGAAGCUUGGAUUGGUCUCUAUGAUCAAACACAUGGUACCAGAACAUGGUACUGGUCUUUGCCUGGAGUGGAGUUUGAUGAAAGUGAGACAAACUGGAACCUAGGAGAACCAAAUAAUCUUGGACCUGAAGGCGAAAACUGUGGGAUUAUAUGGAAAGAUGGCUAUCUUUUUUUCAAGUGGGCAGAUUUAUCCUGUAAUGAGAAGCAUAAUUUUAUCUGCUAUGAUGAAAAUAAUUCAUCACAGAAAUAUCACCUGAUUUAUGAAUCAAUGAACUGGACAGAAGCUCAGAGUUACUGCAGAGAGAAACACACAGACCUGAUCAGUGGAUUGAAGCAGCUAAAGGAUGGAGAAGUGAACAAGGGGUUAAAUUUAAUGACUGCAAAUUCAGAGUACAUCUUCAUUGGUCUGUUCAGUGACACCUGGAGGUGGUCAGAUGGAAACAGUUCCUCCUUCAGACACUGGAAUCUACAGUUUAAUAAUCAGAGAAUAAACAGUGGUCAAUGUGCCAUGACUGUGUUUGAUGAUGGAGGCAGAUGGAGGAAUGAGAACUGCACUGAAAGAAAACCCUUCAUCUGUUAUUCAGAUGAUAAAGUGAUCCUGAUUAAAGAAAAUAAAACCUGGCAUGAGGCCUUGAACUACUGCAGAGAUCAUCAUGAUGACCUGGUCACCAUCACCAACAUGGAUGAACAGAUAUGGAUCCAGGAGAAAGUCAAGAAUGCAUCGACUCCUUUCGUCUGGUUGGGUCUGCACUUCAGCUGCUUGAAGAACGUCUGGUUCUGGGUCUGUAAGAAGAAUCCAAACUUUGAAGGACAGAUGAAUGAUUGUGAAAUAUCUGGAGCCAUGGAUGCAGGAGGAAAACACAUGUGGUUCCAAAGAAACAACACAGAGAAGCUGAACUUUUUCUGUCGUAUGCGUUAAAUUGUUCUUUGCCUUUUUUUGCUUUUAGAAAUAGUUUAAUAACUAUGUUGAAGUAUAGAUUUUAUUUCAUCCAUUUUUUAACACCCUUGUCCCUCUUGGGGUCAGGAGGGCUGCUGGUUCUGAUUUUUAGUGAAUGUUUCAGGCGAGAGGUGGGCUCACCUUGCUGUCAGUCUGUGGCAGCUUUUUAUUUCACCUACGAUAAAAAAUUACUACUAGUAGAAAUUCAAACUAGAGGUUCUGUUCUUAACUCAGUUCAUGGUCAUUUUGUAAUUAGAUUGUACUUGUGCACAUUUCUCUUCCUUUACACCAGGGGUCUGCAACCUGUGGCCCUGGAGCCACAACUGGCUCUUUGGACCAGAGAGACACUAGAAGUACCAGUCUAUUUUAUUUUAAUCUAUUUUCCUUAUUAUGCUGGAAACAUGUGCAAAAAUCAACUU